AUGAAUCGGCCGAAGCAAGUUAUUCGUCUUCUCGCACCUCACGUUUCUCCUCUUGGGAAAUGUCGCUUUCUGUUGUCAAGAUGCUACUUUGAUUGCAACAUGUUAAACGAAGCAGAAAGCUCCCUUUUUGGGUCUAAACGAACGUCACAAUGCCUAAAUGAUAUUAUGUCGGACUUUGGUGAUCAAGCCUGCUACGCCUUUCUUCUUCUCGGUGAUAUCUACAAACUUCAGCAGAAGUAUAGUGAAUCUGUAAUGUGUUACAAAGAAUGUCUUAAGUUGAAUCCUUUCAUGUGGACAGCCUACGAGAAUUUAUGCUCUAUUGGCGAGUUCGUGGACCCUGAACUGGUAUUCAAAUUAACCCCUUCCCUUGGCCUCAUCACGCCGACGUUUACUGUCAUCGGUCAGACAGUUUCAGCUCAAAAGUCCCCUUUGAAUGUCAAUAUGAAAGCUGAAAGGGACAGGCUUGGCAGCAGAGAAAAUGUCAAUCCAAAUAGUCCCGUUAAUGACGCCUCCAAUGUAAUGCGCGAACCCGAUGUGGAUAGGCUAACAGCAUCUGCAAACACUCCACAAGUUGUGAAAAGCACUUACAUUUCCCAACAGUGGGAGCACUACAACUCCAUCGUUCGGAGUUUUGUCACUGAUCCCCCAGAGUCCAUUAUUCGCAUGCGUCCCUCGAUGGCUUUAGAUGGGACUCAACCCUUCCGAUUGGCUUUGCACCAGACUGCGCUUAACCGUCAGCCAAACACUCAUCGAGUGCAACCAAACAAUAACCAACUCCAGACAACCAUUCUUUUUAACUCAUCUGCUGGGCCAACUUCCACGAUAUCUCAAUGGCGAACCCAAGAUACAAAGGCAUCAGCUCUGAUGGUAGCUACCCCAUCUGUAUCCCUUAGUGGUGGCAUGUUUGGUCACACGUGUGGUCGGACUUCAGGCAUCACAUCAACAAUUCCUCCAUGGCUUUCAGGUUCUCCCAUUUCAUCAACUACCUCUGCGACUGGACUUUUAGGCAAUACCAGCACCCCAGCUACUAGUGGAACAGCCCUACUCAAUGCCUUCCCUCAACCCAAGACUAUUCUUUUUGACGAGUUAAGCGAGACCGGUGCUGCCUCUACAGCUUUUACAACAUCUAAACUAGAUAACACCACGGUAGAUACUGGUGCAAUCGCUGAAAGUUUGCGUCAGGACUCGCCUGGAUCUGACGAUGGUGGAAGUUUUAUUGAACCCCGCACUCGUGCUCAAAAAGCCCGUGCAGCCGCCGCGGUUAACCAGCGGAAAUCACCGCGCUUUAGUAGGACUUCGAAGGCAUCAACUGACGAUACCUCAACUGAUGACCUUAAGAAACCUAUUAUUAGGCUCGUUACCACUAAGUCGCUCUCCCGUCACCAUGCGACCAAAGAAGAUUCAGUGGAACAUGCUUCCGUAGCCGAAUGCCCAAAGGUAGUGUGCACGGCUUCCAGUGAUCGUAAUGACCCCCGCACUGAAUCAAUACUUGCUUACCUGCAACUUCUGCGCUGUCUCGGACGUUCUUUUAGCCUCCUCUUGCAACAUGAUUAUAAGGGUGCUGUCACUGUGCUCUCCGAGUUACCCAGCGAACAGCUAGCCACGGGUCGCACUCUUGCCUGGGCCGCUCGGGCUCAUGUAGAUGCAGCUGACUACCCAAAUGCUCACCGAAUUUUCAAUGAAUUGAGACGUUUGGAACCAUGGCAAUUGUACGGCAUGGAUCUCUUUUCCACAGUUCUGUGGUACCAAGAAGCUGAGCACGAUCUAUCUCAGUUAGCGAAUGAUCUGCUUAGUUUGGAUCGCAGUGCUCCUGAACCUUGGUCAGUUGCCGGUAACUGUUUCUCCCUCCAACGUGAGCAUGAUACCGCCAUACGCUUUUUCCGCCGGGCACUUCAGGUAUGCCCUACAGAUGCCUACUCAUGCACCCUUCUUGGUCACGAGUACAUGGCUAUAGACAAUCUUGAGCGGGCUGUUUCGGCCUUCCGUCAUGCCCUCCGGUUAGACGACCGCAAUUACAGUGCUCGAUUUGGUCUCAGUAACGUGUACUUCAAACAGGAGUACUUCGGUCUUGCUGACGCGCACCUUGUGCGGGCACUCUCCCUCUUUCCCAACUCUCCUCUCUUAUUAACUCAUCUCGGAGCAAUUCGAGCACGCAUCGGCCGCCUCGACGAAGGACCCGGCAGUGCACUUGAUUGUCUCAACAAGGCUGUCAGUAUCAACCCUAGUAGCCCCAUAGCACUCUAUCAUAGGGCGUGUGUGCUGUCAUCGCUUGGGCGCUACCAGGAUGCUAUCGACGAGCUUGAGCGCCUUAUUCUUCUCACUCCACGAGAGGCGAUGAUCUACUUCAUGUUGGGCCAUGCAUAUCAAAAGAUUGGUAACUCCCCUCAGGCCAUGAUCUACUACUCCUGGUCCAUGGAAUUGGACCCCAAGGGUGUGAACACUAAUCUCCGUGACAUAAUGGCCAACGUACCCUCCUCCCAGCAACCCUCACUAGCCCCCUUCACGUGCAACAUUGGAGGAGUAGCGACCGAGCACACUCCCGGAAGCACGGUCCGCCAUCACCGGCGUGGUGUGCGUCGGCCAGGUCGGGGACGUCAGGGUGCCUCUCGAGGUGUUUCCCAUCGUCUCUUCUUAACCCCUAGCUUUCAAGGUGUGGACGAUGACGAUGCUACUGAUGGUGGCGAGGGCAUAGUCGUGGGAGGUAAUGCUCUCUUUGGAGAGGAUGGCAGUGUAGCUGAUGGGGGAAGAAGCAUUUAUAACCUCCAACGGAACCGAAGGAGACGGGGAUUCUCUACGUCCUUGCGAGGAGACGAAGAUGAAGGCGAAGGCGAAGAAGAGACCAUGGAUAUGGGUGAAUAA